AUGGUUGCCAUUAUGUUCAGCUUCUGUACACCGUUGAUGAUAAAUGGUGACGCACAGUGGGGUGUUAAGACUGGUUUCUUCUUCGCCGGCACCGGUGCAGUUGCUGUUGUGAUUGCGUGGUUUAUUCUCCCUGAAGUUGCACGUCGCACUCCAGCCGAGAUUGACGAGAUGUUCGACAAAAAGGUCAAUCUUCGUAAGUUCGACAGAUAUGUUACCGAGGUUCAGAUGCGAGCCGAUCAAAUACACGAGAAGCUACACCAAGAGACGUGA